AUGUCAGGAGGUAUCAACACAGGCGACAGCAAGCUCGCCUUCGACAGCUCGGAAGAGGUUAAGGUCGCAACCACCUUCGAUGCGAUGGGUCUUAAGGAAGACCUGCUCCGUGGCAUCUACGCAUAUAACUUCGAGAAGCCCUCUGCUAUCCAGCAACGAGCUAUCUUACCCAUCAUUCGUGGCCGCGACGUCAUCGCACAGGCUCAGUCCGGUACCGGUAAAACAGCAACCUUCAGUAUUUCGAUGCUUCAGUCUAUCGAUACCACUUUGCGCGAAACACAAGCACUGGUACUCAGCCCCACCCGCGAGCUGGCGAUCCAGAUCCAGUCCGUCGUCUUGGCGCUCGGUGACUACCUCAAUGUGCAGUGCCAUGCCUGUAUCGGCGGAACGAGCGUGGGAGAGGACAUUCGCAAGCUCGACUAUGGCCAGCACAUCGUCUCCGGUACUCCUGGUCGCGUAUACGACAUGAUUCGCCGCCGUCAUCUUCGCACGAAGAACAUCAAGAUGCUCAUCCUCGACGAGUCCGACGAGCUGCUUAAUAUGGGCUUCAAAGAUCAGAUCUACGACGUCUACCGCUACCUGCCGCCCUCCACCCAAGUUGUCCUUCUCUCAGCCACCCUCCCGCAAGACGUUCUCGAAAUGACUUCCAAGUUCAUGACAGAUCCCAUCCGCAUCCUAGUCAAGCGUGACGAGCUCACUCUCGAAGGCAUCAAGCAAUUCUUUGUCGCAGUCGAAAAGGAAGAAUGGAAGUUUGACACUCUCUGUGAUCUCUACGACACUCUCACCAUCACCCAGGCUGUCAUCUUCUGCAACACGCGAAGGAAAGUCGAUUGGCUCUCUGGCAAGAUGAAGGAAAAUAACUUCCAAGUAUCCAGCAUGCACGGCGAGAUGCAACAGAAGGAGCGAGACGAAGUCAUGGCAGAGUUCCGACAAGGAAGUUCGAGGGUCCUGAUCACAACAGAUGUUUGGGCAAGAGGUAUCGAUAUUGCCAACAUCUCGUUGGUCAUCAACUACGACUUGCCGACAAAUCGAGAGAACUACAUCCACAGAAUUGGUAGGUCGGGAAGGUUCGGCAGGAAAGGUGUGGCCAUCAACUUUGUUACGGUAGAUGACGUUAGGAUUCUGAGAGAUAUCGAGCAAUUCUAUUCGACUCAGAUUGAUGAGAUGCCGGUAAAGUUGGAAGAUGUGCUCUAG